AUGUCUUCCUUCGCACCCUACACCUAUUUCCAGUGUCCUUGCACAGACAACUCGGUACCAACCCGUAAUUUAGGACCAGAAAGCCCUAAGUCAGAAGAAGAAGACUCCGAGGACGACGACCGAACAUUCGACCCGCGAGCCCCCCGCGCAAACUACAGCCUAUACCCCCUCGAACACUUGCUCUACUGCGAAGACUGCCAUCAGAUAAGAUGUCCCCGAUGUGUGCUCGACGAGAUCGUGACGUUCUUCUGCCCGAACUGUCUAUUCGAGGUGCCGAGCAGUACUGUGAAGAGCGAGGGAAAUCGAUGCACUCGCAGCUGCUUCCAAUGCCCUAUCUGCGUAUCUCCUCUGUCAGUCAGCAGCGUCGAACCACCACCCGAAGGCCUCGGCGCCGACCACGCCUCUCAAAACGGCCCCUUCGUUCUCAACUGCGCACACUGCACCUGGAGCUCCCAGGAGAUAGGCAUAAAAUUCGACAAGCCGAACGGGAUCUUCGCCCAGCUCGCGAAGAUCAAAAACGGCGGGGAGCCAAUGGUGACGGCGAAGGAGCGACGCAAGGAUCGCGAGAAGAGGGAGUUCUCGGCUUUGCCUACUUCGGAUGACAGUCCUGAGCAAGAGACGACUCGGCCACUGGAUCCCAAUGAGAGGCUGGAUGCGGCGAGUCAGUUCUCGAAUCUGAAGGCAUUCUACUCGAAGCAGAUUGCAGACUCGAGUCCGGGGACCCCGUUGGGGGUUAUGGGGGAUUACGGGUAUGGCUCUCCUGGGACGCUGACGAGGAUCAUGGGCAUGUACACUGGUGGAAGUGUGGUAGAUACGAAGUCCAAGAGGAAAGUUGGGACUAUGAGGGAGGCGCGGGAUGCUGUGGAGGGACUCCAGCUCACGUCGACGUUGGAUGAAGAGGCUAUUGCAAAGCUACAUGCUGAAGGCUGGCACAGCACAUCGACAUCCGCCCAGAGAAGAGAGCUGCCCAACAACGACGCCCAGCUUCUCACAGACCUGCGCCCGAUUGCCUAUCUACUCCGCACCAAGCGUUCCAAGCGCUGCAAAACCUGCCGCCACAUCCUGUCUAAACCCGAAUCCAAGAUCCAAACCACGCGCUUCCGAAUCCGCCUUGUGGCUCUGAACUACAUGCCCACCAUCAACAUCAGGCCCCUGCAGACAACACACGCCACAACCCUCACGCCCCUCAGACCGGUCCAAUUCCUCCUCACAUUCAAGAAUCCGCUCUUCGACAGGGUGAAGAUUACAUUAGCCACACCAGCAAAGACGCCCGGUCGCUUCGGCACCAAAGUCACUGUCCUGUGUCCGCAAUUCGAAGUCGGCGCCAAUACGGAUGCCUGGGAAGAGGCCCUGCGCGAAGGCGGUAACAGGAACUCCGCCGGGGAGAAACGGCGCACGAAAGCCGAAGCCAGCGAGGGGCAGCACCAAGCCGAAGCCGGCAAGGUCUGGGAGCGAGGAAGGAACUGGACAAGUGUUGUUUUGGAAGUUGUGCCUGCGUCGCUACGUCUCGAGGGCCCGAAAUCCCCGAAAAAUGAGGAGAUUGAGGACGAUGAUGGCCUGCUGAGGGAGGAUGAGGAUGUUGUGGAGAUUCCGGUAUUUGUGAGGGUCGAAUACGAGACUGAUGCUGCCCACGAGGAGGGCGCAGGACUGGGUAAGGACAAGGAUGCGAGAGAGAAGAGGGAACUGGCUUAUUGGUGUGUGCUUGGGGUUGGGAAGGUCGACAAAAAUUAG